CGCAACGCGAACGCAACUGAAAUUGGCAAAAGCCUUAGGCCGAGUUGGCAUUAAGAGUGCGUCAGGCAGUUGGAACGGUUGAGAAAAAUAUGAGUUUGCUGCUCAAGCGUCGCUCGCGCAGCGAAACGCGCGCCGAGACGCCACCAAACGCUGCCAAGCAGGAGCAGCAGCAGCAGCAGUCGCCAGCAGCAGCAAAGCCCAAGGAGUCAGCAGCGCUGCUCAAUGGCAGCGAGCAGCAUUUGCAGCGCCUAGGCUUGGGCAUGAGCAACGGACUGGGCAUGGGCAGGCGCAAGACCUCAGCGGAGCUCAUAAGCGAGGCCAAAUUGUUUCUUGGAGAUUUGAGCAGCAAUGCGGCGGCGGCAACGGCAAGCACAACAAGUGGCGCACGCUUGGUCAGCACCAGACGCCCCAUAACGCCGCGUGAGCCGGGACGCGUGCUCUACGGCAAGGUAGCGCUGGCUGGUCGUCCGCCCAGCGCUUUCUCCAUGCGCUAUCUGCAAAGCGAGCAGCAGCCGCCUCCACGCCAGCUGCCUGCGCUGCCGCAUGCCACAAGCCAAGCAGCGUCAGCGGCUGCAGCUCCAGCUACACGCAGCGGCGCUUUGCUGAGCCAGUGCACCACGGAAACGCUCAUCGAGCUGCUGAAGCAGCACUCGGGGCUAAAGGAUUGCAACGAGGAGACAGUGCAGCACAUCCAGGCAAUUCUGCAGGAGCUGUACACGCGUGUGCGCAGGCCGGAGCGCAGUUUCAAGCGCGCCUUCAUCCUGGGUGGACUCUAUGGUCUGGUGGAGUGCACUGCGCCACGCAUUCUGCUGGCCUUGGCACGUGUCGUGCUGGCGCUGCGUGUGACGGGCAGCAAUUUGACCGGCGCCUGCAAGCUAAUCUUCAAGGUGGCGCGCCAUGAGCAGCACGACGCUUUGUUCCAUGAGCACGAUGUGCUGGAGCUGCUCGUCGAUGGCCUGGGCAGCGCCUCGCCGCUGGAUGAGCCUGAGGCGUGCAUUUAUGCCUAUGGCUGCAUUCGAUUCCUCACCGCCAGCAAUGCGCAGGAGCGCGACGAUGCACUGAAUCGCAAUUGGAGUGCCGAGAGUGUGCCGGAUGUGCUGCCAGCAGCCAGCAAAGUGUUGAGCAGCAGUGCGCCCGAUCCGCGCAAGCUGAAUGGCCAGCAGACGCUUGUGGCGCGUCUAGCGCGUCAUGGCACAGUGGAGCUAAUGAUUCUGCAUCUGCAGCUGCUCAACGAGGCGGGCGCCGAGCGUCGCCUAAGCGGUCCACCACUUCAUACGCUCUAUCAGCUGUCGGCGGCGAUGCGCGCUCUGGCGGAUGUGGCGCAGCAUUUGGAGCGUUUGCAGCUGCAGCUGCAAUUGGCUUGUCCGCAUUUAAUUCGCGCCGCCGAGGUCUCCAUGGGUGAGCUGGAGGUGCAGGCGAAUGUGGUGCGCACACUGAGCGUGCUCUCCGAGGAUGUCGCCUGCUGCGAAACGUUGCUCAACUAUGCCGCGCGUCUGGGACUGCUGCUGGGUCCCUGCUCCCAGCUGGAGCCGAGCAGCGAGCGGCUGCUGGCCGUGCUCAGUCGUCUGGGCUAUAUGCUGGGCAACAUUCUGGCCAAGCACGAGUCGGCGCGUGUGCAGUACUAUCACAACGAUGUGGCCAUGGAGUAUCUGCUGGAUGUGCUGCAGCAGCUCAGCGCACGCUCCUCCGCCAAUCAAAGCGAAGCUCUGCUGGAUGCCCAAAUCAAACUCAUUCGCGUUGUGGCCAACAUGAGCGUCAAUGCGGAAGUGGGCGCCGGCUUGUGUCAUCUGCAUGGCUUGGGCCAGGUGCUGCUCCAGCUGCUGCAGACUGCGUCGCUGGCACUGGACGUCGGCAAUGCGGCGCCCGCUGAGCUGCUCGAGCUGCUGCAUGCCACGCUGGGCGCCUUGCACAAUCUCUGCUUCUAUCAGGAUAAACAGGCAACGUCUGCAGCCGCAUCCUCAGCCGAGUUAGCCACUCCCACAGCUGCAGGUUCGCUGCAGAGUCUCAUUGCCGAGCUGGCCACGGAGCUGGCCAAGGCGCUGGGACGCUGCCAGGCGCAGGCUUUGUGCACCAAAGUGGAGCUGGCGCGCGUCUUGGGCAAUCUGACGCGCAAUGAGCUGGCGCGUCGCUGCUUCUGCGCUGCCGGCGGUCUGCCCCUGAUGGUGCAGCAGCUGACGCGUCAGUGCGGCGGCCAGGACUAUGAGCUGCGCACUUGUGCCAUUGGCGUGCUGGUGAAUCUGCUGGGCGAUGGCGAGCAGCGUGCUCCGUUUUUGCAGCUGCGCGGGGCGGAGUUGCUGGCGUUGCUGCUGCGCGGCGCUUUGGAGCAGGAGGAUUGGUUCUUGGCCAACAUUGUGUGCCAGGCGCUGUGGAAUCUGCUGAUUGAUGCGCAGUGUGCGCGCAGCUUGUGCCAGGAGGGCGGCAUUUUGGAUGAGGUAAGCGAUUUGCUGGCGGAUUACUUGGAUGAGGAGCGUCUGGCGGCAAGCGAGGAGCACAACGAGGAGGAGCAGCCAGAGCCAGAGGCGGAGCCAGAUGCAGAUGCGGAUACGGAGCUGGCACAUGAUGUGCUAUGGGAGGAUUUUGCGCUGGUGGCCACCGAUUUGUUGGAGCGCAUACAAAGCAAUUUCGAUAGACAGCGCCACGCAAUGGCUCAGCCGGAUAAUGAGGAUAACGAUAACGACAACGACAACGAUGUGGUGUUUAUCGAUAAAAUGUAGAACAUUUAAAUAUUAUAU